AACCAAUUUCUCCAGUUAAUUGGCUGCGGCUUAUUCAUUUCAUCAUCACCUACUUCCUCGCAAACAAAACAAUAACACUGAAGAAAACAAUCACUCGCUGUUCACUAAUCUCUCUCUCUCAUGGCAAGACCACCAUGUUUCUCUCUCCCAUACUUUCUCCUUCUCUUCUCAGUCGUCUCUCUCCUCCUCUCUCGCCAUCACGUCCUCGCCGAUUCCCACUUCGAAGGCUUCGAAGCCGAUGACGACGAAGAACUCGAUUCUCUUUCCACCGAAUCCCUCCCUCUGCGUUCCCCUUCUCCCUUGACUCGCUCCGAACCCGUACCCGACCCGGUUCCAGAUCCGGUUCCCUCCUAUCCGGCUCCGGAAUCUCAGACUGCCGAUGCGGAUCAUCCCAAGCAGCCUUCCUCCACCAGCUUCGAGUAUUGGGACGAGGACGAAUUCGAGGGUUUGCCGAUCGAACCGCCGUCGCCGGAGACGACGACGCCGAGGAGCGCCGAUUCCGAGGAUACCAAACCCUCCGAUCGGAGUUCGGAUCCGAAAGCCUCGCCAGUGCGGAAGAAGGCUGGAACUUCUCCAAGAUCUUCUUCUUACGUGGUGGAGAUCGCGUGCGGGAGCUUCUUGAUCAUGUUCGUGAUCAACUACUUCACUGGGAAGCGCGAGAACGAGAACAUCGCGCUCGCUUGGGCGGCGAAAUUCGCGGCGAAAGAUUCGAUCUUUGACAAGAAUUUCAGCCUCCUCGGGGUUGGCGACGGCGACGACUCGCCGUUGCUGCUGAAGGAGGGGCAGAACGUGUUCAAGUUCUACGCGAGCGGGAGGAGGUACUGCCAGGGGCUUCUGGCGACGAUGGAGCUGAAGAGCAGGCACGAUUUGAUAUCGAGGCUUUACAACAUGGUGGUGCCGUGCAAGGACGAGAUCAACUUCGAGGUGUAUAUGAAUGAUGAUGCCAUGGAUCAUGUGGUUUUCGCUGUGGCGAAGAAGAAGGCGGCCAAGGUCAUGCACAAGGAAGUUAGGGAUUUGCAGAGGUUUGCGAGCGUUUUGAGUCCUCCCAAUGGAAGAAAAUGGGUGGCUGAGGAGUUGGCUGUCAUCUCAGAGUCCAAAGAAGUGGCUGGUGAUUUGAUCUCUGAGGCUGCGCUUGAUCAGGUUUUAGGCGAAAAAGCUUUUGAGAAGCAUGGAAAGGGCUUCAUCUCUAUGCAUUUUUCAGAUCAACACCUUGGAACGCAUAAGAAGAUGCUGCUGUUCAAGUUUGCCCUCCCAAAUGUGAACAACAUGACUGAUAUGACUCGCUUGGUGGCUUUGAUACCUUACUAUAUUGAUCAGAUUGGGAGAUACAAGCUAAGCGCUCAGGCUCGAUCUAAAACAGACACAGCAAGAACGAAGGCCGCUCAGGAGGCAUACAAAGAACUUCAAAAUGCAAGGCAAGACGCGUUGCAGAGAAAGAAGGCAGAGAAGAAAAGGCUGAUGGAGGAGGCUGAGGCAAGACUUAGCGCUGAGGCAAUCAGGAAAAAGGAAGCCAAAGAGCGUUCUCGUCAGAUGAAGAAGGGCAUGCCUAGGGUAAAGAUGACCCGUGCGCACUAGUCCUGUGCGCCAGAAAUGAUACAAACUCGCCUCUGUUUUCUGAUAUUUUAGUUUGGACUUUCUUUUGCCCGCCAUUAUUUUUUUGGUCCUAAUACACUGACGGCCUUGUAUUUUUAGCUUCCACCAGUUAGCUCCUUACUUUACCACAUCUUUGUGGGUUUUGAAUGUACGGAAUCAAAUGCCGCGCAAACUUUUCUUCUUUUUUUUUUCAACUUUUUUUGUCUUCCAAAAGAAGGCAAGAAAUGGCCGGCAGUGACAGGUUAUAUGUUUUAGUGUAGGCAACAAAAACACAAAUGCAGGCCAUUAAUGGAUGUUAUUCA